GUGUAUAUAUGACAAUACGUACUGUAGCAGACAUGUGUUUAUAAUUGGGGUGGGAUCCAGCACUCUAUUAUUCGCAAAAGAAUGGGAGUUACCAAGUAGUUCGAUACAAGAUUGAAACAGGAAUAACAUCUCUGAAAUUGGUAACUAGGAAUUGAGCCUUUGAACAAUCAAAGCACCCUAGUGGGGAGGGCAAUUCUUAGUACACUUUCUUUUUCUUCGAUGAGUCCAUUUAAAGAAGGUACAGUAUUGAUGAUUAUAAACAUUGAUAAGAAAUUCUAUUAUUCUGAAUGUCACCAGGCAUUCUUGUUGGUCAAGGAUCCAUCGCUUGGUGCGAGACCAAGUAGGGUUGGCUAUUCCCCACACUGGUGUGCCCUCAGACAAGCCAGGGUGAGUUUUGUAUCACUCAUGAUUGAGGUCACCGCUAUUGUUAGUGUGGUUAGGAUGAGGAUUAGGGAGUGCUUAGGGAAUGCUUAGGGGAAUUCCGAAUACGGCACGCACGCGCUCGCAACAGCCCCGUACCUCCCUCCCCUCCUUUAUAAAUAUCUCCAGA